AUGGCUUUGGCAAGAACCAUGCGUGCACUAUUGUUCAGCGGGAUCCCAUUUGAGAGGUCCGUUGGAGACAUGUCAGUUCCAACAAUUCAAGAGUCGACCGAUGCCAUUGUGCGCGUCACAGCCUCUGCCCUCUGUGGUAGUGACUUUCAUAUCUAUCGCGGUACCAGAGUCCCCCAGGCCCCCUCAGACCCUAUUGUUGUAGGCCACGAAGUAAUGGGCAUGAUCUCCGAAAUUAGCUCUGGUGUCAACUUCCUAUCUGUCGGCAAUAGCGUUGUCAUUCCGGACCGCAUAGAUGACGGCCACCUGCUACCUGAACCGGAAACGUACACCACAUAUGGCUCUGCCCAACUUGGUGUUGCCAAGGCAAUUUUCGGUGCUGGUCCUGUUGGAUUACUCUCAGCCUACUCUACUAUACUUCGCGGAGCUUCUAGUGUGUAUUCAGUUGACAGUGUUCCCGCGCUCGGACCCGGUGCAACAAAUUUUGGCCAUGAGCCUGGAGGUGGGAAAUGCAGUGUGGACUGUGUUGGAUAUGAAGCAGUCAAUGCGUCUCUGUCGCCGGAAAGUGAUAUCGUUCUGUGCAAUAUGAUCGAGGUCACGUCAGUCAAUGGUGGCGUAGGGGUUGCUGGCGUUUAUCCUUCUACGGUUUAUUCUGAUCAGGGCGGUCGACCAGAUGCUUUCGCUAUGCCUGUGGGUGACUUGUGGACCAAGGCUUUGCGUGUUAGGACCGCACCAUUUAUCAGGAGCCACGAGCCGUGA